UAGCUGAAAGAUCUUGUCACAUCUUCGAUCAAUUGUGAGUUCGUGUUUUGUCUGAGGGUAAUUUAUCGUUGUUAACUUAUUCCUGUCACAUUGCCCUGAAUUACGUGUAUGAAAUCGCCUCCAUGUUUCUGUCCAGCACCUGUUUCUGGGGAUUAGUACGACAGGCAAUUUGUGAUCGCGCCACACAGCUAUCGAAGACUCACUUUAGAAAUUACGUCUUGACCCUACCAAGCUUGUCUGGGACGGGGAUGUUGAAAGACUUUCCCAAUUGUGCCACGACGGUUUUGGUCCCACCCAGCAAGUGUUCUGAUCAUCAAUAUUUAUGGAGACCUUGUUCUAUGGCCUUACGCUGGCCCGUCUGGAAUGUCCAAUCCAUCCGUCAGGCUCGAACCCUCCAAAGAUAUGUUCCCACUAUCUGUCGCAGAUAUCCUGAGCGGCCUCAAUUCAAACUUACCUCGUCCUGGCAUGUAGCUCCAUGUGACCCUGACCAGCGUAAUCCAAUCGAGACUAGGUCUUCCGUGUACACGACAUCAAGCUGUUCCAGGUGUUCAGUAUCACUUACGUUGCGCUGAUAGCUGCUAAUCCGAACUCAAAAGACGAGUGCUCCUUGGAUACGCCCACCCUUUGAUACUUGGCUGUAUCUGUCCUCACGCACAUCCCCACAGACGGGACGUCUAGGGACUCCCUGCCGCGUAAUUACU